AUGUCGCUCCGUCAUGUCGUAUCCAACGUCCUCGCGACGACAGCGAUGAUCGCGAUAAGCCUAGUGGCAGCCAGGGCUCUAAUAGCCAACAUGGAUGGGGACCAAGAUAGUCUAAUGAUCCUGGAAAUGGCGGGUGGAACAACAAUCGGGACAACAGUCGUGACAACAACCGUAACCGCGACCGAAGCCGCGACCGCCAAUGCGACCAAGGCUACGACCGCACUCAUCGUGGAGGUCGUAAUGACCAGGUUGACAUUGCUGCUCGUGCAGCCGCUCGGCCUCUUAUUCACGAAGGCAUUCGCCUCAAUGGAUAUGCCAACACCCACAUCCUCUCCCAACACUUUGUGCCUCCGUCUACUCUCAAUCAUGUCCUUCAGCGUCCCAACCCACCAUCGUUUUUACCAAAGUGCCCACUCGGCCACAUGCACUGAUAUAAUUAACCCGGCGUCGGAAACAUCGAUCAAGGUGGUUCUUCAACUGCCCCUAAGAUGUGUGGACGGUGUCCGCCCCCAUCCCCCAUUCCAAGUUGUUGGUGGACUAUGCGUUUUCGCCCUUCAUGCGGACCUUUGCUGCUGUAAAAGCGACCUGGGCGACCCACCGCUACCUAUGUCGGUGACGUUUCGUCCAAACGACUUCCUUGCUCUGCAAGAACAUUUGAUCGUUGACUCUGGCGCCUCUGCCUCAUGCAUCCCCAACCGAGAUUAUUUCUCCAAGUAUGUCCCCUGCGCACUGUAUCUUACAGUCGGGAAUGGCGCGCACCUUCCCGUCCUUGGCUAUGGCCCUAUAACCUUGGCCGUGGACAUGCCGUCCCGUGACCAAGCCGACGAUAUUCGUCCAUGCGCUCACUACUAA